AUGUUAAUCAAGAUAGACUCUUCCCAUUGCCAAUUCAAUCACAUUUUGUUACUUCCUUCCAAUUCAAUUCGAUCCUUCGAUUUCGUCAAUGACCCCAACGGGGUCAAGAUUUCCCAGUCCUGUAAUGGGUUGUUCCUCUGUUCUUCCUCUUGCUUCACUUUAGAUUACAGCGAUACUCGUUACUACGUCCUCAACCCCACCACCAAAUACUUCUCCACCAUCCCUAGGCCCACCAAUGGGGUUGACCGAAACUUUGUUGUUUCAAUGAAUUUGGCUUUUGAUCCCUCUGUUUCAUUUCACUACAAGCUAGUUGCUCUCCGUUCCAAAAGAUGGUGCGGCCCUGAUUUUCAAACCGCCAUAUAUUCCUCACAAACCCGAACUUGGACGUUUUCCGAGGUAUCAUAUGCUUACUCAACGCGUGUAGUAUUUGAAAAUGGAGUCUUUCUUAACGGUAAGAUUCAUUGGCCUAGUUGUCAGUCCGUAAGAUCAAUCUAUUAUGAUGUUAAUCAAGAUAGACUCUUCCCAUUGCCAAUGCCUCAUCGUUUACUCACAAAGGACCUAUUAUAUUUUGCGGAGUCUGGAGGUCGUCUACAGUUAAUUGAGUUUAUUAAAAAUUGCUCUCGUCAUUUUUAUGUGUUCGAGUUGGAGACAGACUAUUCCAAAUGGUUUGUCCAGUACCGUGUUGACCUAAAAUUGGCUGUAUCGGCUUUUCCAGAGAUGUAUCGUGAACACGCUGAUCACCCGUGUAUGGGUUAUACAUUCAAUGUACUUUGCUUCCUUGGUGGAGACGUUGAAGGGGAUUCGUGUCUGGUCUAA